UAUUGGUCCUUUUCUUUUUUUUCUUUUCUUGUCGGAUUGUUUCGUUUCGGGUGUGGUUUGACUCGAUAAAUUUCUCACACAGCAUUUGAUUUUUUCUUUCCCCCUGCAGCUUUUAACCUUACUUCGUACCUUACCUUACCUUACCUAGCUUACUCGCAUUGGUUCCCCGGAUUUUUCGACAAAGGAACGAGGGACAAAAACAAAGAAAGAAAAAAAAAAGAAAAAGAAAAAAAGAGAACUUAAAAAAAAGAAAUUGAUUAAAAACUUGACCAAGGUAGGUCAAGGGGUACGUACUUGAUACCUUUUUCUGACAAAGUAGGCAGCCAUGGAUGUAUUCGAUCCGAGCGUCGCGCGACUUCUUGCAACCACCAGCGGGCAGCAGUCCACCUCUCCGUUGGAGUCAGAAGCAGAAGUGGGGUUGCAGUCAGGUACGGGCGAGGGGCCCGAAGCCUCGUUGAGUGGUGAAUCGUCGACAUCGCAGGGCGGCGCGCCAUCGGUGCCCGCGGCUUGUCUAGCGUGUCGCGGUAAACAUUUGAAAUGUGACGGCGCAACCCCGUGCUCCCGCUGCGUGGCUUCUGCCUCGGAGUGUGUCUACAUCGCGUCGCGGCGUGGGUACAAGGGCCCUCGGAAGAGUAAUGUGGCACACAAUCCAAACAAGCGCUUCGCCUCGUCGCCGACCCCAGGCUCCGCACCAGACGACGACUCGUGCCCAAUGCUCCUCGGCGCGAGCCCAUCUGGCAGCACGGUCACGACUGGCUCCUAUACCCAGGCGCCGGUGCUGUCGCAGUUCGUCGCGCCGCCGGUGGGGGCCAACAUGCAGCUGUACAGGAACCCCUUCCUCAUGGCCGGCGGCGGCAGCAGCAGCAGCAGCGCCAACACCAACACCAACCACGCGGGCUCGUCGCACAUGCGGAGCCAGCUGAGCAUGCCCGAGCGCUGCCUGACGUCCUUUUACCAAAACUUCCACGCCUCGCACCCUUGCGUGCUGCCCAGAGAUGCGCUCGAGAGGGUCAUCAGGGAAGGGCCGGCCAAGCUCGAACACCUCCUGGCGGCCAUGCGGUACCUUGGCUCCCUGUACCUUGACGCGGGCCCCGCCAGGGCCCAGUACUUUGACGAGGCCGUCAGCCUCGCCUACCACCCCGGCUGCCCGAGGGAUGGGUUCCUUGCCCAGACCCUGCUGCUGCUGUCCAUCGGCCAGGACGGCAGCUGCAACCAGGCGCGCGCCAACCAGUUCAUGGCCGACGCGGAGAGGCUCGCCGUCGAGAUUGGCCUCAACACGCGCCAGUUCGCCACCGCCAACGGGCGCGGCAGCUCUGUCGUCGAGGAGAGCUGGCGACGCACCUGGUGGGAGCUGUACGUGGUGAAUGGCAUGAUCGCCGGCGUUCAUCGCAUCACCAAUUUCGCGCUUUAUGACGUCGCCGCCGACGUCGGUCUCCCGUGCGAAGAGCACCAGUUCCUGUCGGGCAAUAUUCCCAUGCCAAUGUACAUGGAAGAUUUUGACGAUCAGCUCUUCUCGGGCGAGGAUCGCGAGUUCUCGUCCUUUGCGUAUCGGAUCGCGUCGGCUCGAAACCUCGGCAGGAUGAUGAGGACCCCGCCGAUGCUCUCGCCUGACGAUGACAACCUAGCCAAGCUGGAGGCCUUGCUCACCAACUGGAAAAUGCAUCUUCCGCGCAGCAGACAGGAUGCGCUGAACAAAAAAUGCCAGCUGGACGAGAUGAUGUUCCAGGCUCUGUUUAUCAACCAUGCCUGCACCAUAAUGCUCCACCAGCCUCAUUCCCAGCUGGACUCGUCCCCGUCCCGCAGCGUCACAUCGUGCGCGCCGCACAUGCCCGUGUCGAGCGGCGACGCCUUCAACACCCACACGCGGCACACGGUGACGGCAGCCUGCGAGGUGUCGAGGAUGGUGACGCACGCGGUCCCGCUCCUUUCGCACACGCACUUCUUCACGUGCGUGCUGACCCUCUCGUCGAUUGUGCACCUCAACAAGUGGGCGCUCUACUUCCUGCAGGACGAGGACGACCUCCGCCAGCAGAUCCGCCUCAACAUCGGCGCCCUGCAGCGCAUCAGCGCCGUCUGGCAAAACGCCGCCAAGGCCGGCGGUCAGGUCAGGGGCGUCGCCCAGGAGAUCUACCGCGCAAAGAAGGCCCAGCAGAUCAGCCCGGCCUUUUGGGUCGCCUUCACGCAGGAGCAGAUGCUCACUAGUCUGAAUGCCGAUGAGGGCAUCAUGAACGACUUUGACUCCAUCUUGCCGCCGCAGGUCACUCGGCCUUGAGGAGGGCUCUGUGAUGACUGAUGAGAAGUAGCAGGUGGUGGGGUUUUGGUGUUUUUUGUGUUUUGCUAUGCUGGACUGGGGAGCUCAGGCUGUUUUUUUAUUUAUUUUUUUAUUUUUACUUUUUGUGUAUUCUUUUUUUUUUCCUUGAAUGAUCUCCUGAUCUACUCAUCUGUGUUUACUAUCACUCACUAAUACCACCAUGUGCGUCUUGGAGACA